CCCCUCCCCGCUCACACACAAUUCCUGUGUGAACUGUAGGUCUACUACCGCCACACGCAGGAACUUGUCAACGGCAGCUGCUCUGACCCAACCAAUGCCGUCUUUCGUGUUGUUGAGGGUCAAAGUGGACAAGAGGACCACAUCCUCACCGAGCUCUUCACCUGGUUCUUUCUGCUAGUCUUUCUUCUCUGCAUGCCUAUUAUACUUAUGAACAUGCUGAUUGGUUUGGCUGUAGGAGAUAUUGCUCUGAUACGGCGUGAAGCCGCGCAGAAUAUUGCGGUGUCUCAAGCUGACCUUAUACUGGCUCUCGAACGAAAACUACCGGAGAGGUUUCUGAGAAGAUUUGCUGAUUUCUCCGUUUGCAUUGACAGGAAGGCAAAACCAGCUGGGAGCUGGUAUCAAGAUGUUCUGAGUGAGCUGAAAUCAGCUGCAGGAAAUCUGGAUUUCGCGGACGAGUCCACGGCAAACCUUGGUGCAGCGCCGACCUUCCAGGAUGAGAUGACGCCGGCUGGCCACUGCAGCAUGAACCACGGGCUCGAGACGAUCGCUACUCAACAGCAGCGCCUGAGCGAACGCUUCCAGACCCUCUCGCAGGAGAUGAUGACAAUCUCCCGCCAGCAGGAGAGACUGCUUGCUAUCCUGGAAAGGAAAACCUCGGCUCCAUGAAGAUUACGGCACGUAUGCACUUUAUCCCAUGCACACACACAUGCACACACACACACACACACACACACACACACACACACACACACACACACACACACACACACACACAAUCACACACGUUCAGCUUCAGCUCUGAACAGUACCGCAGCUCUCUACCAUACUCUAGAAUCAUGCCGUGUGCGUACAACAAAUUUCACCCAUAUCUAUUCGUAUGCAUUUCACUAGGAAAGACCGACAGCUUUUCCACAACUGAAAAGCAUGUCGUCUGCAUCCAAUUUGCCGGCAAACUAUCUUAGCAAACUCCACAUUUUAUUAUUUAUCUUCAAUGCUGCUGCGCAUGGCAGGAUUCAAGAGAUAAUGUGCUUGAAUCUAAGAGGCUUCAGCCUGCUACAAAAUUCUCCACGGCAUGACAGCCAGUUAUAAUAACGAACGCAACAUAGGCUGAAGCGCGACCGGAAAAAAGAUCAGGAAACAGCAGCAGCCAUUUCCCCUUUUUUUCCAAUCUGCAGAGAAGUGUGGUGCUCACUUGACUGACUAGCAACAGUAUAAAUAGCAAUAACUACUACGCCUAGCAGAGCGGCGUGCAUGUAGGCGGUGGUGGUGUGUGUAACCACACAUCCGUCGCCGCUGUCAGGCUGAAAAUGUAUGAACGUGGUUCACUGCGCACGCGCGCGUGCAUGUCAGCGAGCCCAAAAAUAUAAGAGAAAACAUUGGGUCUGAGGAAGUGGGCAUAAAAUGGAGGGGGGGGGCAGAGAGAGAGAGAGAGAGAGAGAAAGAGUGACACAGAUGGAGACCAGCAAUUGGGAAAACAGAGGAAGCAUCCGCCAGCUUUAGCGGACUUAUUCGUCUUUGGCGUAAUCGGCCAUGUCUUUGCGGAGCAAUUGCCUAUU